CGUAAACGGCCCCAAACUGAAGCUCCCGAACGUUAUCAGAAUGCGUCGUAACUGGCUUCUGCGCUGCAGUAUCCUGAUCAACGUGGCCGUGCUGCUGUACAUCGGCAGCCAUCUGCUGAUCGGCAGCGGCAACUUUGCCCUCGGCCCGGCCUACAUCAUAUCGGAUGAGGUGCUGAAACCGCAGCCGGGCGGUGAACAGUUUCUGCCCGCCCAGCAACGAUUGCUGGAUGCUGAGCAUCAGCUGUUUGACCAGCAUCAGCAGCAGCAGCAGCAGGCGCUACAAUCAUCCCAGCAAGGACACAGUAGCUUAGUAUUUAAAAUCCAAGAAAAUGGGAUCGGUCUGCAGGAAGUGUCCCAGCAGACGCAGCAACAGCAGUUGCGACCGAGCGGCGGUGGUACCCAGCAACAGCAGGAACAGCAACAGCAGCAGCAGCAGCAGUUGAUGCUAGAAACACGAGAUGUAGAUAACAGUAAUCUUAAUGUAGACGAUAGUCGUUUCGAUGUGCCAACGGAGAAGAGUACCGUCCGGAAGAUGGUCGGUGGCGAUGUGCUUUACCAGGACGGCCAGCAGCCGGCGGGCGGCGGACCGGGCGGUGGUGCGACGGGUGUGCUCAACGGUAGUGAUAUCUUUUCCACCACCGCAUCCAUGGACGUCGAUGCUAAACUGAGAUCGCUGCUCAACUGCCACGACCGUGACUACGAGCCAUACAUUGGACAGCGGGGAGACUUUUGGGUAAUGCGGAAUUAUAUCCGGGCGGAACACGGUGACCUGCGGUGUCACGAAACAAUCACCUAUACAACGCACGCAGAUUACACGUUUCUGGACAAUUUAGUACCACUGCUGGAAAGGUGGAACGCUCCAGUUAGCCUUGCGCUUCACGCACCCGGCACGGAUUUUGUGCCCACGAUCAAUUCAAUAAAAUAUCUAAGAGACUGCGUACCAGAGAGUCAUUUAGUCCGACAGUUUGUCACAUUUCAUAUUUAUUUUAGUAGUAAACAUAUUCCAAAACUUGUUCCUAAACACAAUCAAGUAUUAGACACACCGUACAACUGUUCGCUGGCGGUACCGUACUUUAACGUGUCCGUAAUGCAGCUCUACAAAACGCAGAAGAAGCUGCUCUAUCCGGUGAACGUCGGGCGAAAUAUUGCACGCGAUGCGGCAAUGACACAUUUCCUUCUAGCUAGCGAUAUUGAAUUGUAUCCCAACCCGGGUCUAGUGCAUAAGUUUCUCGAAAUGAUCGCACGGAACGAACCGGUGCUGCAGCGUAAGAAUCCAAGAGUCUUUCCUCUGCCGAUAUUUGAAGUAGAUAAUAAUUCACCGGUGCCACGUGAUAAAGCGGAACUGCAGGAGCUAUUGCGCACUGGUAAGGCGAUCCCUUUCCACAAGCGCGUCUGCUCCAGCUGCCAUGGUGUGCCGAAGUCCAAGGAGUGGAUCGCGGCCAACGAAACCGACGAUUUGGGCGUGUUUCACAUUGGCAAACGAAUCGGUUACUUUGUGCACUGGGAACCAAUAUACAUUGGAACGCAUGCCGAUCCACACUACGACGAGCGGUUAAGUUGGGAAGGGAAGAGUGACAAAAUGACACAGGGUUAUGCACUGUGCGUACUGGAUUACGACUUCCACAUACUCGACAACGCAUUCCUGGUGCACAAACCGGGUAUCAAGGUCCUGAAGAAGGAUCCGAAACGUGCAAUGCUGGCCGCCAAAACGAACCAGCUGAUCAAGAAGAUGAUCUACCCGGAGCUGCAGGUCAUGUACGGGACGCGCAAGGGCUGUGCUGUAUAGUUGAAGGGGAAACAACAUUAGUAUAAGGCCAACGAUGCCGCUGGCAACGAUAGUACUAAUGGUGGUGGUAGUAAUGGUGCUAGUGAUGGUGGUGGUGGUGGUAACAGUAGAGGUUCUAUUGGUAGACGCUCGCGGACCAUGAUCUCAUCGUCCUUGGGUUCGGUGGCCGGAUGGUCCUCGCUCUCCUUGCUGUCGGCACCGUACCGACCGCACGUUAGCAGUCGGCGCAAGAAGGGCAAACCGAAAGGUUACAUCCGCCGCCGACGACGCCGAUGAGCGCACGGUCCGUGGCCAGCCCUUGCCCUUGAUUGGCACGGCAUGGAAGUCUACAGGGUAUAAGCGAUAAUAUUUUCAUAAGUAAGUGUGCGAGUCUGUGUCUAAGCAGCAACCUGCACGAAGGAAUCUGGCGAACAGAUGAUAUAUUAAGCUAUUUGUCCAAAAGCGAACCAAUGCCUGCGCGGAGCAAACGCGGGCUGCGACUGGAUCGCGGGAACGAAUCGUUUCCUGGAAGUGAUAUUACCUGAGGACACGUU